AUGGAUCACAAAGCUGUUUGCGCAUAUGAUGAGGCCUACUCUCACCAACAUGAAGCCUCCCAAUUUGCGCCAGUUGUGCUUGCUGCAGAUAAGACACUCUGGAUGCUUGUGGCACAGAACACGAGGGGAGAAAUGCUCACUGCAGGCCCGGUGCUGCCCAUAGACCAUGCAGUUAAAACACCUCAAGAUUGCCCAGAUGUGUCUUGCUGCUUGUUGCCGCAAACGGGAGGAAGGUUGAAGCGUAGGCUGAGCCCGGAUUCCGACUCAGGAGAUGAGGCGGAGGACAAGGGCGAUAAGACAACCGAUCCGCCACCAGGUCCACCCGGGGUGCCAGCUGUUGGUGAAACUCGCUACAUUUUGAUCGAGUGGUCCACCUUGGCAGACUCCCUUGGUGAAAGCGUACCUGAGAAAGCCAUUGAGAUGUUGAAGGGCCUAGAUGAAGCAGGACUUGAGGCAUUGCCUGGCAAAGGGCUUGUGUGGAUGCAGUGCACCUUGAAGCCGCAGUUCGCACUGUUUGUUCCUACCGGAUGGCUCCUUGUUGAGAUUUCCUGCAACUGCCCGCUUAUCUAUGGAUUUCGGAAGGGAUUCUUCACAUUCAUGUCGAAGCAUAUGCGUAAGUAUGAGGAAGCCAUCUCGUUGUCACGUGCGUCCCAACAGAACGUGACACGGAUGGAACAGAUUCUCCAGGUCUUGAAGGAUCAGGGGAAGCCCCCGAGCAGCAGGCGCAACAGGUCAGUUCUUGUACACUUUUCGCCUACCGGUGACCAGACUUGUGUCAGUGACUUGACUGCGCAGCGGAGCGUCCAAAAAGUACAGAGGAUGUUUGACUUUUCACGCCCAAAGCCGGAUUCAGAAAUACCUGUAGGCAAAGGCAGCCCCAGGGGAAAGAGUGAAAUUUGCUAUGCUGGCAUUGGGGGCUGGUGGAUGCUACCGAGCGAUGGGAUCUGCCCAGCGUCUAUCUGCUGGUUUUCCAUUGCUAUUCAGGCCGCAGAGUUGCCGGACUGGUUUGUGCAGGAGCAUGGUCGUAACGAUCUGCAGAAGUACAUUUGCGCUGUAGAAGUCUUGGCCCAGCUUGUGCUCGCCGAGCUGCUUGUUGCAGAUAGUCGAGUUUGCCCGACGUCUGCAUGUUUAGGGCAGGUGGUGCUCAGGCAAAGUUGCGACAACUCCGGGGUCUGCGGCGCCGUGAGCAAGGCUUCGUCUAUGCGGCGACCAUUGGUCGACGUCCUGCAGUCUAUGGCCACCCUUCGCAUGCAGCGGAACACGUGGGCAGAUCUGUUGAGCAGAGGGCGGGCAGCAAGCGAGUCGCCAGAGUUUUGGGAGUCCCUGGACCCCCGCCGAAGCCGGACAGCCGACUGGCGCCGGAUUCUGAAUGCUGGUCAGCUGCGUUAG